CCGAAUGCGCAAGCAAUGCCGCUAGCCCCCGUGGCAAGGGCGGUUUGGUGGGCAUAUCUCGCGUGCCGCCCGCGAAUCCGCGGCAAUCAGGGCCCACGAAACGUCGCCCCGUCCACUCGCCCCGCUCCGCUCCUCCCGUCCCGUUUCGCCCACGCGGCAAAACGCGCGACACCAACAGACGAGGAGCCGUUGCUUCUGCUCUCGCUCCGAUUCGUCCCUCCCCCCUCCGGUCCCCAACUCCGUGAGCGCGGCGGGAUGGCGAGCACCGCCGCCCCUAGCCCACUCCCCGUGGUCUCCCUCUCCGCGCGCCGCAACAUGUCCACGGCGCCCCGCGCGGCCGCCUUCCCCCAGCCGCCGCGGCUCUCGAGGCGUUGCGAGCCCUCCACGGGAGACGCGCCGCGCUCCAGGCUGCGCGCCGCGGCCUCCAGCUCCAAAGCGGACCCGGUAGAGGAUAGGGCCCCCGUUGCGCCGGUCCCGGACGCUCCAGUUCCGGCCGCCCCAUCCCCGCCGAUGGAGCCUCAGCCUCAAGUAACUACCGGCACAUGGAAAUGGAGGGGCUACAACAUUCGGUAUCAGCACGCGGGGACGUCGGGCCCUGCAUUGGUUCUGAUUCAUGGGUUUGGGGCAAACAGUGACCAUUGGCGGAAAAAUAUUCCUGUUCUUGCCAAGGAAAACAGGGUAUAUGCGAUUGAUCUAAUUGGUUACGGAUAUUCUGAUAAGCCUAAUCCACGUGAGAUUGAAGAGAACUUUUAUACCUUUGAGACAUGGGGAGAACAGCUGAAUACGUUUUGCGCUCAAGUGGUCAUGAGUGAAGCUUUCUUCAUAUGCAAUUCAAUUGGAGGUCUUGUUGGUCUGCAGGCAGCUGUUAUGGAACCUCAAAAGUGUAAGGGUAUUGUUUUAUUGGAUAUUUCACUAAGGAUGCUUCAUAUCAAGAAACAGCCGUGGUUUGGAAAGCCUUUCAUCAAAUCGUUCCAAAGUCUCCUAAGGAACACUAUUGUUGGGAAGCUCUUUUUUAAUGCUGUUGCCACACCAGAAUCUGUGAAAAAUAUUCUUUGUCAGUGCUACCAUGACACAUCUGCAGUGACAGAUGAGUUAGUUCAGAUUAUUCUACAGCCAGGGCUUGAUCCUGGUGCAGUGGAUGUAUUCCUUGAGUUCAUCUGCUACUCAGGAGGUCCUCUACCCGAAGAGUUGCUUCCAUUAGUGAAGUGUCCAGUUUUUGUAGCCUGGGGGGAGAAAGACCCAUGGGAGCCUGUGGAGCUUGGAAGAGCCUAUGCAUCUUUUGAUGCAGUCGAAGAUUUUGUUGUCUUGCCAGAUGUUGGACACUGUCCGCAGGAUGAAGCACCUGAGCUUGUAAAUCCACUUGUCGAAUCAUUUGUUAAGCUCCAUAGUUAGCACAUGGGUGGGCCUGCUUUCUGUCUUUAUUAGAGCCCUUUCCCACUGGAGCCUGGAUUUGCUGGAAAAUGGGAAUGCAUGGUUAUAUUAUUUUGGGAUAACAAAUGAGCCCUUCUGUUACAACCAUGUACUUGCAUCUGAAUGCUGGUGGCAAACUUUAUUUGACUCAUUAUAAUUCAAGUAUAAGAAAUCAUGAGGAAACAUCUGGUUUUAUUACAGCAAAGGAAGAACCUGUCUCCUCAGAGCAGAGAGGGGACGAAAUAUACGCCAAGUGACUCUGACAGAUCGGAUGUACUACCAAAUUUCUGUACCGUUCUGCUGCAUGCAACAGGAGAAAUAUUUGUUCAUCUAAGGCCUCCUUUGGAUUGUAGGAUUUUCAUAGGAAUUUUGGAGGAUUUUAAUCCUUAGGAAGUUUUCCUAGAUUCUUUGGAACAAAGGAAUGGGUUUGUUAAAUUCCUAUGAACAUCCUAUGAAAUGGCUUUUUUCAUAAGAAUUUUGAAGAAAUCUCAUGGAAAAUUUAAUUUGUGUC